AUGGUACAGAAAGAGUGGGACUGGAACCUUCAGCCUCACGGUACAGAAAGAGUGGGACUGGAACCCUCAGCCUCAUGGUACAGAAAGAGUGGGACUGGAACCUUCAGCCUCACGGUACAGAAAGAGUGGGACUGGAACCCUCAGCCUCAUGGUACAGAAAGAGUGGGACUGGAACCUUCAGCCUCAUGGUACAGAAAGAGUGGGACUGGAACCUUCAGCCUCACGGUACAGAAAGAGUGGGACUGGAACCCUCAGCCUCAUGACUCUGGUGGGAAACGAGCUGACAACGCUGUGGUUCAGGAGAGAGACAAAGGAGAGCGAGAACACGUGUGA